AUGAGUUGUCCCCUUCCCAACGACGUGAUCGCAGAGAUCAUAUCCUACUUGCCGGCGAAGGCCUUCUUCAAGCUCCUACCUGUUUGCAAGACAUUCUACCAGCUCUCGUCAGAUUCUCAUUUCCUCCUUUCACAGUCAUACUACAACAAGGCUAUCUCCGGCUUCUUCAUCAACAGCUGCAACAUCUUCAGGUCCUUCAUCCCCAUUGACCCCUAUGCUGGCGUGCCCAGUAGCAGCAUCCGAUUCCUAGGGAAGAGAAAAACCAUAAUCCUUGGUUCAGCUGGUGGCCUCGUCUUUGUCUUGCAAAGGAAAUAUGGAUGGUUCGAUGCUAUCCCUGUCUUAUGGGUCUACAACCUAGCCCGUGGGACUCGGUGCCAGCUCCCUUCCCCGCCGGGCAAGUGUAGCGAGGGUGGGAUCGCGGUAAGAUUCAUAAACAACGGAGAUGGGGUGACGACAGACUACAAGUUGGUCUAUCUCACACGGAGAUGGAGCGCGUUGCAACACUGUCGGGUAUAUGACUCAGUUGCCAGGGCGUGGACGAUGGACAAGGAGCUCGACUUCGGGGGGAGGGAACUAGACUUGGAGCACCCGGUGGUUUGCGACGACACCGUGUUCUGGGCAUCGUCAGAAUUGAGGUCGUACAUGUGGAUUGAGUCAUGUGUCGUCGCCUUUGAUAUAAGGGAGGAGCGCACGCAGAUCAUCACUAUGCCGAAAGAUGCAGUCGUCGACUUCUUCGACACGAUCGGAAUAGCCAAGUGGGAGGGGAAGUCACUGUGCCUGAUCCGUCACAGCACGUUUUCUGGCAUGUUCGUUCUGUGGCUGCUGAAUAAGACAGGCGACGGUGCACCAGGAUGGGUGAAGGUGCAAGAGAUAAGCUUGGCCGAGUUGGGGUUUAGGGAACCAUGUUACGUGAGCUUCGUCGUGCUAAGUGAGAUGGCGUCGACCAAGCUACUUGUCUUCACCAUAGAUCAAGUGCUGUACAGCUUGAAUAUUAACGAUGGAGAACUCAAGAAGUUGUCAUCGCUGACAGACUAUCAUACCCCCACGUUGUUCCCUUACUCUAAUACGCUUCGGCCAUGCGGUGAGCAAGAGGAGCUAUUGGAAGCAAUCUGA